UCGAUCAAAGUGAUUUUCACGCAAUCAGGAAUAGCCUAUUCCACGACUACAUUAAUAUAAAAUUUCUUAAAAAUGCUUGCGCGCAUAUAAACUCUAUCAUAUUUUUGCUGUUAAAUAAGAACUGCUGAUGACGGCCCGAGAACCUGCCAGAUUUUCCGUGUAACGUGCUGUUUUGACCGUGAGGAGAGUUUGCGGAAAGAAGGGGAGCUGAAAGGGACGGACAGGCACCACGUGAAGUGGAGAGGGUUUCAUGGGUUGACAUCCGGCCAGGUUUUGGGCUCUUAAUUUCAUUUCAGACUCUCAGCCAGAACUUCAUUUGUCUAACAGGAUUAAAUAUUGUGCUUGGAUUUCUUUGGACAUUAUUGAUUAUUUGGAUUAGAGGAAUUUGUUCUUUCAGUAUACUGUACUAUGUGGCUGCAGGUUACCCAUCUCUUCCAAACCCUUGGUAGACGUUGCAGUGUACAAGUAAAUACAUGGGUGAAAACUAAAGCAUGUUUGGCCAGGCAACAAUUUAUGCUCCACACCAGGAGCCUGAUUCUUUCGCCAUGUCCAAGGACUGAAGAAAAUAAUGUCAGGCCUGACAAAAUAGAUUUAGAUAUUUGGAAGACUGUUCUGAGAGACACUACAACUGAAGCUUCCAAACAAUUACCCUCUGAAGACCUUGGGGACUCAUCCCUUGCUGCCACAAGAGAACUAAUUCAAAUGUGGCAAUUAGCUGGGAAGGCUGUUCCAGAAAACAUAACGGAUGAACAGUUAAAAACAUUUCAAGAACUGUCUACUAAAUCUGCAAAGAAAAAGUAUCUUAAGUAUUUAGCAAUCAAGGAAGGGAAAAAGAAAGCCACAAAAGAGAAACAAAAAUUAAAGCAAGAAACAAGGCUGUUACAGAAAGAAGUCAAAGGUGAGGAAGGAGCUGCAUUAAAGAAUACUUUUCUUUUACAAUUAUGGCAACGGUCUUUUGAUCUAAUGUACAAUUGGAAGGCAGCCCAAUCUAUGAUAUUUGGCCAGCCACUGGUGUUCGAUAUGAGUUAUGAACACUACAUGAACCGUAGAGAAAUGGAAAAUACUGUCUCUCAGCUGAUGCAAGGUGAAGGAUGCAACAGGAGAUCCUUGGACCCAUUUCACUUGCAUUUCUGUAACCUUAGCUUAGAUGGCGGCUAUCAUAGAGAGCUUUUGAAACGCUAUGGAGAUGCUUGGCAUAAUCUCUUAAUUACGGCAACCCAUGAGUCAUAUAUUGACAUUUUUCCCAAAGACAAGCUUGUGUAUUUAACUGCAGAUUCUCCUUUUGUACUGAACACAUUUCAGCAUGAUAAAGUCUACAUCAUUGGAUCAAUUGUUGAUAAGUCAAUCCAAACAGGAUUAUCUCUUGCAAAUGCAAAACGUUUGAAGUUGGCAACUGCACGUCUUCCUUUGGAUGAGUAUUUGAACUGGAACAGCGGUGCAAAAAAUCUUACGUUGAAUCAAAUGAUCAACAUUUUGUUGACUGUGAAAGAAACUGGCAACUGGCACAAGGCCCUCAAAUUUGUUCCACAAAGGAAACAUGAAGGUUUUUUGUCAGUCCCAUCACAACAAAGAUACAGUAGUAGAAUCAGGAAACAACAUAUGUCAAAUAAUAAUGAACCAGAAAAGAAAGCUAAAUGGCAAAAGUCAACUUCAGAUGCAAAUCUUCGUAUAAGAAAACAAUGGUGGAUGGAUGUAGAUUAAAAAUCCCGAAAAUAUUUUAAAUACUGAUUCUACUACAAGAAUUACUUUUAUUGAUUCUCUUCGAUUUUCAUGAUGGAUUCCUGUCAAAUAAUGUAAAUUUUGAAAAUGAUAAAAAUAUAAUCUUAAAGCACAUCUUCCCCUGUUCCGUGCACUUAUUAUAAACAAUUGGCAGGUAAACUAUAACAAUAACAAUUUGUGCCUAUCUCCUUGAUUAAUAAAUAACUGGAAAAUUCCAGUUUUGUAUUUGAGUUAGCUGAUUGAUUUAAGGAUUUUUGCAGGACAUGCUGCCAUGUAGUUCUUACUGUUAAUGAGGAUAGGAUUAAGCUGGUUAAGAUGCCCCAUUAGUCCAGCUGGGACCCCAGUAAUAGUUGUUACCUGAAGACCUGCUUGGUCAAGGAACAAUCAGAAAAAUGCCAAAUGUUUCAUAGGAGGAAAGAAAUGUUGCAUAAAAUUUAUUGGUGAUAAAAGAACACAUUAAAAAUGUUAUCCCCCUGAGCAUAAUUGUUCUGUAUUCUCCAAAUAGUUAAUUUGGUUAAGGAAAGAGCAAGGGGUAUAAUAUUUAUCCUUAAUUCCUUUCUAAUUGAUGACACUAAAAUAAGGGUUCUUUCCUUUGAUUGUUGUUCAAUGCAAAUGAUUAACAUCUGGAAAGCACAAAUAAAAUACACAACAUAUGCUCAGCCAUACAAAAAAAAAGAGAAUUUCCAAUUUUUGCAAUAUAUAUCUGAUGUUGUAAAACAUAGGUAUACACGCAUAGGAAAUCCAAAACUUAUUUCUUGUAGACAUUUUGCUGUAGUAUUAGAUAUAAAAAAUGUUAUCCAAGAGAAGAUGGUGCAACAUUAAGGAGACCACACUGUGGUCACUUCUGCCAGUGUUUUGGUGAAUGGAAGCAUGUGUAAUUAAGUAAACAUGUAAUGAGAUUAAAAUGUAUAUCACUAAAAUUGAACUAGCUCAAUAUCAAAAAGAAAAGCUGUCAGAUUUUAAAUUAAAAUGCAACCCAUUUUAAUUCCACUUCCCAUUCCUAUUCCAAUAUGUCCCUCCAACUCCUCCUCUACUAAUAAUGAGGCCAUACUCAGGUUGGAGGAGCAACUCUGUAUAUUCUGUCUGGGUAGCCUCUAACCUGAUGGCAUGGACAUCUUCUCCAUCUGGUGUUCCUCCCCCUUUUCUUUCUUCGAUGGCCUUCUGUCCUAUUCUAUCAGAUUUCCCCUUCUCCAGCCCUGUAUCUCUUUCACCUGACGAAGGGUCUUGGCCUGAAACGUCGACAAUGCUUCUCCUUAUAGAUGCUGCCUGGCCUGCUGUGUUCCACCAGCAUUUUGUGUGUGUUGUUUGAAUUUCCAGCAUCUGCAGAUUUCCUCGUGUUAUCUCUUUCACCAAUCAACUUCCCAACUCCUUACUUUACUCCUCCCUUCCAGUUUCACCUAUCACUUUGUGUUUCUUCCUUCUCUUCCCCCAACCCCAUCAUUUUUUCUCCCGUCUUGAAGGGUCUUGGCCCAAAACAUUGACUGUACUCUUUACCAUAGAUGCUACCUGGCAUGCUGAGUUCCUCCGGCAUUUUGUGUGUUCUCAGGUGAGAUACCUGCCAGGUAGUGAGUGAUCCAGUACAAGGGAUGACCCUGUCCUCACCAAUCUACCUGUUGCAGAUGCAUCUGUCAAUGACAGAAUUGGAAAGAGUGACAAUCACACAACCCCUUCUUCAUGUGAAAAUGGUUUCUAAUAUGUAUUUUAAAAAAAUACAGAUUUCUGCAAGAGCUCAACCUGUACAGGAAAAUGGGCUGUCAACCUCUAGAGUUCCUGCAGCAGAUUAUAUUAUUUUCAGUCUUCAGAUUCCAGCAUCUGCAGCCUUGUGCAACUCUAUGCCUGCUAAUGUUUGGGACCACCAUCGCGUCAAGUGUGAUAGAAACAAUUUGGAUCUCAAAAUUGGGCAUUUAAAGGCACUGAGGACCAUCAACAGCUGUAGAAAUGUACACUUCUACUAGCUGUAUCCUCGUGGCCUGACAUAUCCCUCACUCCACAUUACAAUCAGACCUGCCAUCACUGAGGGUGGAGAUGUUGAUGAACCUGCCCUCUGUUAGCCAUUUAUUCUCUAUAAUCAUUCACAUCUGGCAGUACUGCUGCACCUGAUAUGAUCUAUUAGGUGCAGACCGCUUGGUUCUGUCCAUUGCUUGCACUUUUUCUGCACGGUAAGCACGUGAUCUGAUUUUACAGCUCUGAUGGUUGAUGCGUUUUUAGGAAUGCCUGGUACUGGCUCAGCAUGUCUCAUUCUGUUGUUUACAGAGGUAAGGUCAUAUUACAAAAGGCUGUGUGGCACUACCCAGAGUUAAGAAUUCUCAUUUGGACUUUCCAGUUUAGCACAACUUUAACAAACAAUAAAAAAUGACUCACGUCCUUGCUUGCAUUGAUCAACAAGCAAAUGUAGAUAAGGAGUAAUGGAGAGCAAUGUAGGUGUCUGGAUCACAAAUGUGAGAACACACAACUUCACCGUUUGGUGACUGAAUGACACUAGGCGCAGGACUGCCCCAUAGUUGGCCAGCUACAUUGCACAAGUGUCUGUGGACAGGAAGAUUGUGAUCAUGUUCAAGCUAGUGGUGGGUCUAAUAACUACUGUCAUUUUGAAGUAGUGAUGAGUGUGUCAUAAAUGAUAUCUUGAGAUAUUUGUAAUGUGAUACAAAAAUAUCUGAUUUCUAUUGGUGAUAAAAUCACAGGUACUACUAACAUUGGUUUGUAACCUACAUUCAUAAUUGAAGGAAAUACUAAGUUUCAUUUAGAGGUUAGUGAAAAUGAAAGAUAUAAUUUUUUUCCCAUCCAAUUUCACAGAUCUCCAAGGGGACUGUGGACUCCAGGUUUAAAAAUCCCCACUCUGGUGGAUUCACCUGUAGCAAUAACUAGAAAUAGUCUUGCUCCUUGAUGACUGGUUACAGUCAAGAUGCAGGGCUGUGUAUAAAUGACAAGCCAAAUCUGUUGAACAGCUGAGGUAAAACUUUGUCAACUGGCUGGACUUUACCCAAACCUGCACUCGGUGGCCUCAAUCCUACCACCCAUCCCACGAUCUCUUUGACCCACUACCAUCAGGAGGGAGGUACAGAAGCUUUAGAACUAGAACUACCACAUUGGGUAACAGCUUCUUUCCACAGGCUGUGAGACUAAUGAGUACCCUGGCAUCACUAAGACAGUGGGCUACGCACUACGUUUUGAAUUGUAUAUUAUUAACACGGUAAUAUUUUGUUUUAUGUGAUGUGUGUAAUAUAUGUUUUGUGGGUGCACCGUGGUCCGGAGGAACUUUGUUUAAUUUGGUUGUAUACACCUACAGUCAGAUGAUAAUAAACUUAAACAUCAACUGUCAGCUUGAACCAGUCUGGCCAUUCUCCUCUGACCUCUCAUUAAAAAGGCUUU